CGAUGCGCUUCUCGUCUCCAGAACCUCGUCUCCACAAGCAUGUCCUCAGACACGCUGCCACGGUGGCAUGAAGCGACCCAAAAGACCCCACCAGGACACCAUUUGCUCAGUGGCCAUGGCUAUUAACCAUGCAGCUGGACCCAGAUAUGCCAAUAGUUUCCUUCUGUCAGAGAAAAGUCCCUUUGGUGCUACACUCAGUGCAGACUCUCUGAAUAUGCCAGCGAAGCACAAGAAAGCCCUGCGGACUGCUUAAUGCUCUUUGUUCCAUCUGAGUUGUAGGUGGCAACACAGAAACCAAAUGCCAUGGAUGUUUUUAAUUUUACAUACUGGAAUGCCUCCGAAGGCAAUGAGACAGAAGUCUUGGAAGAAAAAGACAGCCCUUACAAGACUGUGGAGGUAGUAUUCAUCGUGUUGGUGGCUGGUUCCCUGAGUUUGGUUACCAUUAUCGGCAAUAUCCUAGUCAUGCUUUCCAUCAAAGUGAACAGGAACCUACAAACUGUCAACAACUAUUUUUUAUUUAGCCUUGCAUGUGCUGACCUAAUUAUUGGACUGUGCUCUAUGAACUUGUAUACAGUAUACAUAGUAAUAGGCUACUGGCCCCUGGGACCAGUUGUGUGUGACUUGUGGUUGGCUUUGGACUAUGUUGUCAGUAAUGCAUCUGUCAUGAAUCUCCUCAUAAUAAGCUUUGACAGAUACUUCUGUGUUACCAAGCCCCUAAGCUACCCUGUAAAGAGAACCACCAAAAUGGCGGGAAUGAUGAUUGCUGCAGCCUGGGUCCUUUCUUUCAUCCUCUGGGCACCGGCUAUCCUCUUCUGGCAGUUCAUUGUUGGUGGGCGGACUGUGCCUGAGAAAGAGUGCUACAUUCAGUUUUUUUCCAAUGCUGCAGUUACUUUUGGAACUGCCAUUGCCGCCUUUUACUUGCCUGUCAUUAUCAUGAUUCAGCUGUACUGGCAAAUCUCAAGAGCAAGCAAAAGUCGAGUGAAGAAGGACAACCGCAAGCCAUCAGGGUCAAACCCAGAACCCUUGUUAUCUGGCCAGAGGAGAGAGAGCACUCCGAAACCCAACAAUAACAAUGUACCUGGGGAGGAUGGAGUGCAUUCCCAGAACCAGAGUGCAGAUAAUGGGGCCAACCAGCAUGAUGGAAAACUGCAAAAUGGCAAAGGACCUUCAUCCUCUGCUGCUGACGUAGAAACUGAGGGUGACAGUGUGGCAAAAGAGAACUGCGCUCCUGCAGAGGAGAAAGAGAGCUCAAAUGACUCAACAUCCGGCAGUGUGCCGGCUUCUAAUCAGAAGGAUGAAGAACAAGCUGCGUCCACAGCAAACUCUAGUGCCCAGCCCACCCAGCAGCUUCCACGGCAGCGAGCCAAGGCAGGGGGCUCCAAACUGACCUGCAUCAAGAUCAAGACCAAGUCCCCAAAGGGUGACUACUACACACCAUCAAAUACCACAGUUGAGAUUGUCCCAACCACGGAACGUCAGAACCAUGUGGCGAGGAAGAUCGUGAAGAUGACAAAGCAGCCUCCAAACAAGAAGAAGAAAGGGGCUCCGUCACGGGAGAAAAAAGUGACCCGUACAAUCAUGGCCAUCCUGGUGGCUUUCGUUGCCACCUGGACUCCAUAUAAUGUGAUGGUGCUCAUUAAUACUUUUUGUUCCAGUUGCAUUCCCAGCACUGUUUGGACUAUUGGUUACUGGCUGUGCUACAUUAACAGCACCAUCAAUCCAGCCUGCUACGCUCUGUGUAAUGUCACCUUCAAAAAGACAUUCAAACAUCUUCUUCUCUGCCAAUAUAAAAACAUAAGAUCAGCCAGAUAAAUACAAGCUCCCUUUGGAGGAGGCAUUGAGGUAUGAGUUGCCUGUGGGUGUUGUUUGGUAUCCAUGCAUAAGUGUUUCUGUGAAAGAAAUGUGUGAGAAUGAGACAAGAACAUUUGGAAAUCACUUUCUAUCAUUUUAUCAUUAGCUUUCCAGUCUCUCUAAAUAACUUGUUGUAGCACUUUACUCCUAUUCAACUGAAUUCAGUUAUGUGUUUUUGGAAGCAACGUAUAUACGGAGGGUUGUAAAAACUUAUUUACAGUUUUUACCUUGAAAAAAAUCAGCUAACACAUGGAGAGUAACAGUAAAGGAUGCUGAGCUGAUUGAAUAAAAAGAAAGAUAAAAGGCAGAGGAUGAUCUGCGCUCUAUGGAAAACUCUUCAAAUUGGGAAAAUAGGGCUGACUGAAUUUUCAAACCUUACAAGUUUGAAAUCCAGUAAAGAUACUUGUAGAUAACUGUACAUAAUUGGUGUAUAUUCUAUUUGUGUGUGCACAUGUGGGUGUGUGCUGGCUUCUUGUCUGUGUGCACGCCCACUUGUGUUUUUAUUUGCCUUGUUUCUAUAUGUGAUCAUCCUCAUCUUCCUACCAGCAAUAGAUAAUGUUAGAUUUCUGCUGACAGGUUCUCAUCCUGAUUGGUAGUUAUCCUACCUAACAAAAAGCGUCAGUAAAUAUCAGUAGGCACAAAUUACCAAAUAUUAAUGCAAUAAAGUUUCACUUGUCAAAUUUGCACACUAACUAGAAGAACUGGUCUACCAAAAUGAAACAUUUCUAAUUCUGAAAUAUUACUCCAAAUAGCUAUAAUGAUUUCAUAUUAGUUCAAAAGAGUAUGAGUUUUUUAAGCUAAAUCAUUGCAGUAUAUAUCUUUAACAUUUGUGGGGUGUUUGGAUCCUUCUAGAAGACAGUCUAAGAAGAUUACUAUACAAGGUUCCCAUCUAAGUCUCUCGAUAGUAAUAUCAUAUUCUGUGCAUAUUCUUUAUUAAAAUGACACCAAACAUUUGACAAAUUGGCAAAGAACAUCAGAUUUUAAGGUUUCAAAAACAUUUUCUGAUUGUUCAAGACAAUCAAGAUUAGAGAUGCAGCAAGAAAUCAGCAAGUUACUGGAGUUGGAAUAUCUUUACAUUUGACCAGUGUUCAAAUUCCAUUCUUGGGGCCAAAAUCCAGCAUGUUUUAGAUGUGAAAUUAAAAAGAAAUUAAAAUUCAGCAAAAUCACAACUUGUGCUGAACCAGGAAAAGAGAUGCAGCACUCCUGGCCCUAAAGGACAGAAACUCAUCAACACUAUCCCAAUGGUUCUUCAGAAGAUCAUCAUUUUCUCUAGAUGGUCACAGCAUGCACACCUGUAAAAUAGCACAUUUGUGAUAUAAUGUCCUGAAUUUUCAAAUCCUACUGAAAAUGUGUUAAUUGUGGAUAAAAACAAAUUAAGGCUUGGAAAAGUCCUUAUUUGUGUGACUUUUUAUUUUGCCAAAAACAAGAAUAUACUGAAACACAAAGCCUAAUUUGGACCAAUCAAAUUAAUCUAUAAAUAUAAUGAGGAGGAUUAUACUAAGAGGUUAUGACAGGGACUCUUAUUUCUGUUAUCACCUCAUCACAUUUCUAUUUUGUGAGGCUAUUAUUUAAAAGAAUUUAGUGAAUACAACCUGUCAUGUACUAUUAACCUGAAAAUAAAAGUGACUAAAUGAAGGCAUACAGACCAGACAACCGUAAAAGAAAAGAAAAUAUAUUUAUAUAUGGCAUGAAAUCGUUCAGUCGCACUUUUUCAUUUGCCGCAAUUCUCAUCACUUCAGCUUUUGCUGCUGACAGGAUGUCAGGUGUUGAUUUUUAUGGCAGCUAUUAAGCUAUUUAUUUUUUGCUGUCAAGUUGCUAAGAACACAGUGAGUCAAAAGGAGGUAGGAGCUCGGAGCUGUCCUGUUUUAGGGUCUGUGGGAGGGCAUUUUGUGGUGUAUGUGUUUGUGUUUGUGUGUGUGCAGAGGAGUGGAUGACCUUGUUUGAUCUUUCUGAUUUGUUGAUGGACAUCACAACAUGUAUUGCAUGGAUAAAAUUUGUCAACUUCUAGAUGUGUGUGGGAAUACGUGCUGAUGUACAUUUGUGUUCUCCAAGUGUGGAGUUUACUUCUGAUCACAGGUCUCAGCCUCGUGACUUAAAAAAGGGCUAUUUUUAUGUCUCCAUACACUUGUUGUGACUCCUCCGUUUUAUCUUGUAAUUGAUUCUAACUCAUCGUAGUUAAAUUAAAUGUGAUGAGUAGCUGUGUUUAUUUUAGUGCUAGAAGAAAUGAGAAAAUAUUAAUUUACCAAGAGGCAUGUUCCGUGUUUUCAUGCAUGUCAUCCAUCAUUUCAGCCUAUUAGACCAUUCUCAGUUACAGUAAUGCAGCUUGCUCGUUGGAGUGAUGAAUAUGCAGCAGCAUUUGCCAUCAGGAGGUUGCCACAGUGGCUGGUAGGGGGGCUUUGCUGAGAUUUACGCCUGCACCGGAUAGCUCCUUAAGGCUGUCGGCUUUAAAGAGAGAUCUGGGACAGAUCCUAUAAUGAAAACUCCCCAUGAGGCUGAUCAGAUUACGGGCCGAUGUGGAACACCUACAUUUUAAAUUAAAGGCUGCCCAUUACACGCUCAGCUUGUGGUUGGACGCUACAAGCCAGUGCCCCACUUACGGCCUUGCUCUUCUCGUGAUUCGUUAUCUUUGUAUGGUCUCUAAUUCUCUUAAGGUCAUGAGUGUAACAUAAAAAUAUUACAUGUACGAUUUUGUUGAGCACCCCAUUAUUUAUUAACGUUUUCUGUAUGUUGUGCCUAUAUUUCUGAUCUACCAGUAUUAUUUUCGAAACUUUUCACAAAGACCCAGUCCAUUUAUCUUUUCAAGUGAACUGGCUAAUUAAAAUUUUUACCACAUUGCAUAGAAUAAAAUAUAUUCUCUUUGAAAAUUUGCUAAUUUUGUCACAUUACAACCACAAGCUGCUGUUGAGAGGAAAAAAGCAUGUCUUGAGGGUUUUGCAUGUAGAGAAGUGGUUGCCAUUCUCCUAUGAAAAAUAGUUCAAGCACAGUCAGAUUAGAUGGAGAGCAUCUCUUAACAUCAACUUCCAAGUUUUGCUAAGAUUUUCAAUUUGAUUUAGGUCUGGACUUUGACUGGGCCACUCAAACACAUGAAGAUGCUUUGAUCUAACUCAUUCAAUUCUAGCUUGGAUUGCAUGUUUAGGGUUGUUGUGUUGCUGAAUGGUGAACCUCUGUCCUUGUCUUCAGGAGGUUUUCUUCCAGGAUUGCUUUGUAUUUAGCUUCAUCCAUUGUCCUAUCAACUCAGACUUGCCUCAACAGUUCAUUCUUGGUCUUGUCUAACUAGAGCACCUUCCUCUACAUUUGCAGUGUCCCCCACGUGACUUAUGGCACACUGCAAAUAGCCACUUGUCAUGGCUUUCUCAUUAAAGCCAGAUUAGUGAAAUGUAGGGCUUAUAGUUGUGCUGUUAAUGGAUAGUCCAACCAGAGCUCAUCAAGAGUUACCAUGGGCCUCUUGACUGUGUUUAUAUGGAGUUUAUACACGGGUGGACUUUAUUUACUAAUUGGAGGAAUUCUGAAGAUCAUUGUUUGCACCAUAUUUUAAUUGUAUGUGUGCAAACUUUAGAAUUAUUUAUUAAUGUCAGGGGUAAUUACUGACCGAAAAAGUUAAGUACUAAUAAAAUUGUUCAAACCAAAUGACGCACGCUUAUUUAAGGUAACAGAAAAGAUAAGUUAAAUAUGUAAUAGAAAUUGUCCUAUCAAUUCACAUCCAUCACAUGGAGGAGUGGAGCCAUGCCUGUCUGUCAUUUGUCACACAUCCAAACAGAAACUAAAAAGCUUUCCAAAAACAUCCGAUUAAUCUCAGCCUGGCUGUUGCUUGACAAAUACCAGCAGGAGAGUAAGUGGUGGUCCGAGGGUCUCACUUUGAGGGGUGCAUGAUGAAAGGUGAUGGCAUUUUAUCACUUCCUGGGGUGGUUUAAAGGGGGCAAGUUGCAUCAAACAAACAGAGGUGCUCACAGCAGGGACCAGCACUCUUGUAAACCAUUUUGUUCACUUUGUGGUGUAGAUGAAAACAAAGAGGUGUUGCGUAAGGUCUUGUGUGGAACUGAUAUUGGAAGAUAAUGGCAAAACAUGAGAGUAUUGUUUGGUGACAGUAAGUAUGGCUGCCAUGCAUGCAAAGGAGAAACAAAUCUGAUGGCAGUACACAAUGGUAUAAAAUAUAUUUACCAUUGUGCACUGCUAUUAGAUUUGUUUCUUCUUUGCAUGCAUACAAAGCAGAAACAAAUCUGAUAGCAUUACACAAUGUUCGAAACUAUAUCCAUCCCUCCGCCUUGAAUGACCAACGCAAAGUAGUGCAUAACUGAAAUGGAAAACAUGGGGGUAUGGUUAGGAUCCUGCUGAACUGCUGGAAGGCAAAUGUCCACCACACCGUUAACACUUGUGCAAUCUAAAAAAUUUUUUCUUGAAGGAUUGUCCUGAAUGUAUUCAGCUCUAUACAUCUUUCUAUCAACUCUGAUCAGCUUUCUUGCCUCAGCCUAAACACCCCAACAGCAUGAUACUGCCACCACCAUGGGCCACUAAAUAGUUGUCUUGUUUUUUUGUGGAGUACAGUGUUAGUUUUCCACCACCUAUGGCACUUUACAUGUAAUGGAUUAAAUUACACACAGGCAGACUCUUUUUACAAAUUAGGUGAGUUCUGAAGGCAAUUGAUUUAAUUUAAUUUUUUUAAGGGAUAGUUUUUCAAAAGGGGCUGAAUAGAUGUGUAUAACACACUUUUGACAAACUCAAAACCAUAAAAGCUUUUGCUUUCACUUCACUUAUGCACUACUUUGUGCUGGUCUAUCACAUAAGAUCUUAAUGAAAAAACAAAAUAUGUAAAUAGGAUUUGAAUACUGCAAGGUACUAUACAAAUGAACCAGAUGAGCAGGAAAUGUGGGGACAAGUGGGGUCUGUUAGAAACAAGAUCCAACUCUACAGGCACGUGGACCGUGUUUGGAGAAGCCUUAGCUACGCUUUGGAUAGGUCAGCCAAGAAUUUUAAUGUUCUAAGACAAAAUCCACCAUCUGGUGUAUGUUAAGCUGCUGUUUACUAUCCCCUCAUGCUCCGUUCACUGUGGCCCGUACAAACAGAAUUUGCUGUUUUGUGGUUUUAUGGUCACAACCUUCGCAUUUUAUGAUUCCACUAAAAUGGCUGUGUAUUCAUUUUUAUGUCAAAUUGGACAAAAAUAAACUUGGUAUGUGUAAUCAUCAGAUCAUCAUGUGCCGUGAGAGCUAGCUGGGCUCCUGUUCAUACGGCCUAUAUCAAAGGGCUACUGCACUCCUUUUAUGGAGAACGCGUGACAUGUAAUGGUAAUCAGAGACAACUUCAAAUUGAUGGCUUCUCUGGCUUUUAUUCUAGAAGGUGUGGGUGUUGCUGAGCACAUUCUGAUGGAAAAGCGCCUUCUCCAAAUUUAGACUUUUUUUUUUUUUUUUUACUUUUAAUGAUGGAUAUAUCGCCAGAUUGUACAGAGCAGUUUGAAGUGCCUUAACCAGAAUGACAUGAAUAAAUUGCUCUUUUUAUCUAUGACUUCUUGGCACAGUUUUGGAGUGUGUUUGUUAAGACUGUGCACAUUUAAGAAAAAUGCAACCCAAUCUUCCCAAAUAUAACCUCAUUGUAUUUUUCUUGCUCCAGCUCUGAGCUCCUAUUCUUUACUUUCAAUUUAACUUAUUGCAGAGGAAAUGAAAAGUUAAGGCUGAACUAAAUUAAUAAUCUAAAUGUCUUUAAGUUAAUUUAUCAUCACUAAAACAAUAAACAGUCAUGGCAGUGAUAAAUAUCAGUAAUAUGAUGGGCUGGUUUUUGUUGUGUUCACAAUUGUUGCACUGAAAAAUGUGCUGUUUAGCCUGUGUGUGUCUGUCAUCAUUACGAAACAGUGCUGUCAUUAAUUCAAGUGUGUGUGGCUGUGUGUGCACAUUGUUCGCUGUAAAAUAUUUUUAGUUUUCUCCACUUUUGGUCAUUUUUAACUAAAUUGGACGAAAUAACCAGACAGAAAUCAAGGAAGAUCUGUAAUUUUUCCUCAUUUUUGCCUUUUUAAAAUAAUGUUUCCUCAGUAAAAAUGUUUCCAAAGACUCAGACACAUUUUCUGUGCUGUAGGAAUAAAUGUAGUUACAUGAUAUUGUAAAUUUUUUUAUCACAUUUUGUAAAUCUGCAACUUUUAUCAUUGUACAGAGUGUAGUACUGCAAAUUAUUAUAUGAUCUGUGUACAGCUUGUUGUUUUUUUUUUUUUUUUGAGAAAACGUUAUUCACAAUCUAUGAAUAUUGUGAAUUAUGAAAGGUAUAAAGGGUAUAAAGAGGGUAUGACUAUAGGUGCAUUUCUGAAGUUUCAUGAUUUGCCAAAAAAGGAUUCUCACUGUGCAAUAUGAACACUGUACAGUAACUAUUUCACAUGAUAGAAAACAUCCAGAGGGACUUUAAGAAUGAUUUCCGCAGCCAAAAAAAAGCGGGGGAGAAAGUGAAAACCCCAGAGGAUGACAAAGGCUAAAACUAGUUUCAGUGUGGCCCUAAAACCCAGAGGCAAUGGCUUUCAUUUUGAUUUUCACCUGCAUAUUUUUGAGGCUUCAUUUUUACCCUGGGAAGAAGAUGGUUUACUCAAUGGGCACACUACAUAUAUAUAUAGAUAUAUAAUUCUAUAUAUAUAUAAUUUAUUUGUCAAUCUUCCAGAGAAGUUUAAGUGGUUGUGUGCCCUUAUUUGAACUUCAAGGAGGAGGGGGCACAGAACCAAUCUGGAUUUGAAAUGGAACUUACAUAAAUCUUCAAAUAAAUCCAUAGCCUGCUGCAAGUGUUCAGCAUACAUUCAAGUGUUAAUUUUCCAUGUUUCCUCUGUAUUUGGAUGUUCAUUGUGUAUUCAAUCACUGUGGCUUGUGGUUUCUAUUGCAAUAGGAAAAAAAUAAUAAUGCAGCAGUUUGUUGUUUGCCUUGUAUAUAUUUCUAUAUGACAGUACAUUAUAUGUAACUCUGAUGCGGUACAUUUGAUAUGUACGUACACAUGGUAUAGCUAUUUGAAUGUCUCCCCAACCCUUCCUCACCUAUCCCUCCCCCCCUGCUAUGAUCCCUUUUGUACAGUAACAUUGGUAUUGAUUUCUGUUUUAAUGCAUUCUUGAUUAUUUGUUCUGAACAAUGAAUCUUGAGUGUUUUUCAUCACUGGCCACCUAUAAAACUGUCAGACAGACUCCUUUAGGUGGUUACAUUGUAUAAUAACCUCUUCAAAUAAAACUGACAUAAAAAUAUA